UACAAAACUGCCACACCACUCGGUAUCUCUUCGAUCGGCAUCGCAGCAUGAUCCACUUUUUCGGUUCUUCCACUCCUUCCUCAUGCCCGUCCUCUCCUUCAGGCGAUGUCGCGUCGCGGCUCACAUAUAGUGGUCGCCGCCCCGCCGCCACCGCCCGUCCGACGGCAAGCCAUGGCGUCGCUGCUGCUGCGCAAGGUGUCGGGCUCCGUGCCGCGCCGCACGACCCGGACGCCUCCUCAUCGUCCUACCAUGUGGCGCCUUCAGGGACCUCUGCGACCACGUAUGGAGGCGAAGGUGGAGAUCGUGAUGCAGGAGGAGGAGCUCGGGGAGAGGUGGAGGCGGCCGUGGGGCAGCUCCAGGCCUCCACGCUCGUCGUCGGUCUCCAAUCGGACUCCAUGACAAGAGCUUCCUCUACGUGUCGUUGAGCCCGUGCGCCGACAUGAGCCACCUCGGGUGCCGAGUGCUCGCCGUUCGGCUGCACGCCAUGGCACGACACGGGGCGGUGGAGCCCAAGCUCACAUAGGUUAAUACCAUACGAGUGCAGUAACUACUCCGGAGCGCUGACAAAAUGCUGAAUUUUCUGACACUAAUUGAGGAUCUUGCUCUAAUCCUCUGAAUGAUCGUAAGUGAUAUGAUAGCUUUGCAGCAUCUUGCCACCCAUGAUCCUGAUCCCUAUCUUCACGGUGCUGCUGGGCGUGAUCUGGAGGAGGUCAUCAUCAAAGAGGGUGGAAUUAGUGGGCGACAACAUCCGCCCAGCCGUCCUCUGCUUAGCUAGGCUUGUACAGACACAUUUUUUUUUCUUUUAUCAUAUCUUAGUAAGAGAAUGGACACACCAAGCCGUGUGGUGCAGGAUGCUUGUUGCUCAUUUUUUUGCCAGAUGCACACUCAUAAUUUGUCAUGAUGC